AUGCUGAACAUAUCCUGGCGGCUGGAGCUGAAAAAGACUGCUUAUGACAGUCAGCUCAUUGCUAUCUGUAUGUGUGGUGCUGCCAGUCAGCACGACAGACUGGAUAAAACAAGGUAUGUUGUACUAAUUGCAGGGACAGUAAAAGCGAAUGCCUUGCACAGCCAGAGCCAGGUGUCUCUGAAAGAAUUUGCAGGGUUGCAGCUGGUCGGACCCACGCCUCCAACUACAGCAAAUGUGCGUGACCUUCUUUUUGAUCGUGUGGGUGCUAAGUUGAACCUUUUUUAUGACCAGCUAAUGGCUGACUGCUGGGAAAGCAUCACUGGAGCGGAAGCUGAAUUACGAUCCGUUGCAAAAUGUGAAAACGAAGGGGAAGUUCUGCAGAUACCGUUUAUCACAGACAACCCUUGUAUAAUGUGUGUUUGCCUGAAUAAGGAAGUGACGUGCAAAAGGGAGAAGUGCCCGACGCUCUCCAAGGACUGUGCUCUCGUCAUUAAGCAGAGAGGAGCUUGCUGUGAGCGUUGCAAAGAUUGCAGCUUUGAAGGAAACACGUACAACAGCUCCAUGAAAUGGCACCUCCCUAGCAAUCCCUGUGUUACAUACCAGUGCCAGGAAGGAGUGAUAAUAGAGUCAGAGUUACAGUGUGUUGUUCAUUGCAAAAACCCUUCCAAACUCACGGGAAUGUGUUGUCCUGUGUGUCCAGGUUGUAUAUUUGAAGGGAGACUUUAUAAUGAAGGAGAAGAAUUUAGGCCUGAAGGGAAUAAAUGUACCAAGUGCUCUUGCAUUCGUUGCCCCAAAUGCUUAGGACAGAGGAAAGUGUUUGACCUCCCAUUUGGAAGCUGCCUCUUUCACAGUAAUGUGUAUGAUAACGGGUCCUCAUUUAUUUAUGACAACUGCACAAUGUGUACAUGCAAGGAUUCAACAGUGAUAUGUAAGAAAAGGUGCUUACUUCCUGGUGAAUGCAAUAAAAACAAAGACCAGUGCUGCAAGGAGUGUGUCUCAUAUAUCUCUCCCGAGGAAGUGAAAGUGUGCAAGUUUGGCAAUAAGAUCUUCCAGGAUGGAGAGAUGUGGUCCUCUGUGAACUGCACCAUCUGUGCUUGUGUGAAAGGCAAGACAGAGUGUCGCAAGAAACAGUGCAUUCCAGUCAGCAGCUGUCCUCAUGGUAAAAUCCUGAACAGAAAAGGAUGCUGUCCUAUUUGCACUGAAAAGCCUGGAGUUUGCACUGUAUUUGGAGACCCUCACUACAACACUUUUGAUGGACGGACAUUUAACUUUCAGGGAACAUGUCAGUACGUUUUGACGAAAGACUGCUCCUCCUCUGCCUCGCCCUUCCAGGUGCUGGUAAAAAACGAUGCCCGUCGGACCCGUUCUUUCUCCUGGACAAAGUCAGUGGACCUUGUGUUGGGCAGAAGCACUAUCAGCCUCCUGCAGCACCUCACAGUGAAGUGGAAUGGGACCCGCAUCUCACUACCUUGCGAGACACCACAAUUUCAGAUCAAUUUGGAUGGUUAUUUGCUGAAAGUGAUAACCAAAGCAGGCUUGGAAAUCUCAUGGGAUGGAGACAGUUUUGUGGAAGUCAUGGCUGCACCGCAUCUGAAAGGCAAACUCUGUGGUCUGUGUGGCAACUACAACGGGCACAAGCGAGAUGACCUGAUUGGGGGGGACGGGAAUUUUAAGUUUGACGUGGAUGACUUUGCCGAAUCCUGGCGUGUGGAGUCCAACGAGUUCUGCAGCCGCCCACAAAGAAAACCUGUGCCCGAGCUCUGUCACGGGACAGUCAGGGUGAAACUCCGAGCUCACCGGGAAUGCCAGAAACUCAAAGCGUGGGAGUUUCAGACCUGUCAUUCAACAGUGGAUUAUACCACAUUUUACCGGUCCUGCGUGACAGACAUGUGCGAGUGCCCAGUCCAUAAAAACUGCUACUGCGAGUCAUUCCUGGCAUACGCCCGAGCCUGCCAGAGGGAAGGGUUGAAAGUUCAGUGGAUACCGGCGCAGAACUGUGCAGCAACCCAGUGUAAACACGGUGCAGUUUAUGAUACCUGUGGUCCAGGAUGUGUCAAAACAUGUGACAACUGGAACGAGAUUGGCCCAUGCAACAAGCCCUGCAUUGCCGGGUGCCACUGUCCAGCAAAUCUAGUUCUUCACAAAGGAAGAUGCAUCAAGCCAGUCCUGUGCCCACAGCGAUGACAUUAGUUCUCUUUCUGCGGACACUAGCGUGGGUGUCGCUGACCCCUCUGAUGCUCACAGCCAGUGAAGGACUGCGGCUGUUUGUGUGCAGAUUCUGCAAAGUACACGUCUACUCACAGAGUGUAAAUAUGCUCCUGUGUGUGUAUUUAUGUGUGUUUAUGUAUACACACAUGGCACCUAGAAAGAUAUAUAAAUGUGUGUAUGUAGAUACACAUAUCUAUACACAAGUGCCCUAAACAUAAGUACAACCCAUAUAUUUAUAUAAAUGUCUCACACAAAUAUACAUCAUUUCUAUAUAUCAUAGAAGGACGAAUUAUUAUAUGUAUAUUUUUUGCUAUAAAGUUUAUGUAUUAUUAUUUCUAGGACCCUGAUCUGUAAGUCUUUGUAUAAAUAAACCAGGUGUUUUUAAUAUAA